AUUCAUUGUGUGUUCUUGUGUUGUGAGAGCGUGUCAUCGCAGAUUUAAUACCUUGAUUGGUUGGUGUACCUAACUAAAACUAUUUUUAUUGAAAAUAAUUGAGUGAAAAUGAGCGUUAUUGCAGCCGGUUUGAACACAAACGUGUUCUUUUUAGCUAUUGUAGCACUGCUAACAUGUAUAAUACUACACUUUUUAAUCAAGACAAUCUUCGGAAUUAAGAAAAAGGAAGCACAAGUAUGCGAAACGGAGAGCGUAAAAGAAACUCCGGCCGAAGAAUCUUUUGCGGAAACCGCAGCGACUGAAACUAGGACAAGCGCGAAGAGCAAAAAGCGAUCCCAAUGGAAAGGGAAAACGGAUUACAGCCACCAAUGGCUAGUGAAGAAUCUCAAAGGGCACCCAGGCACCGUCCUUCUCGUGGACUUCUCACCCAACGGCAAAUUUAUGGCUGCAACAUGUGAUGAAACCAUCGCGACGGUGGACUCUGCGAGCAUCGCAGCACGACAGCACAAGCAGCAUCCCCGGCGGCCACCGACGCCGUCGCCGCCGCCGCCGCCGCCGCCCCCGAGGAUUCCGGUUGAAGAAUUAGCACUACAUCUUCAACGAUACAUAAUGACAAAAACGACUAUGUGGACUCGUGGUUAUCCUGUGGAAAUAGAGUCAAAUUCGACUAAAGCAAUGAUGUAUAUAAAUCCGCCGACCCGGCCUAAACCUCGGCCGACGACUUCUUGGGAUGUGAACGCUCCAGAGUUUGUGCCCGGCUCGCAAACUGACAGUGGACGAAGUUCUUGGGGUUCAACACCUCGCUCCGAUAGUGAUGAAGAAGCGGAUACAGUGGAACAUGUGUGUGUGCGUUGUGAUAGAAAGUUCAAAAUGACUCGUGACGGGGAGUAUGUUCGGGAAGAGUCAUGCUUUCAUCAUUGGGGUCGUGUGAUGGGAAACAAAUUCGAGUGCUGCAACAAAUUUUUAGGAGCGAAUGGCUGUACUGUAUCACGUUUUCACGUAUGGAAUGGCACACAAUCCGGAAUGAACGGACCUCUCGAAGGAUAUGUGCGUGCACGUCUUCCCCGUGGAGGGGUAUACGCAGUGGAUGCAGAGAUGUGUUACACAACGGCCGGUCUAGAAUUGGCCUCCAUAGCUUUUAUUGCCGUCGAUGGUCACAUUGUUUACAAAGAGUAUGUGAAACCCACCGCGCCCGUUGUGGACUGUAAUACUCGUUUCUCCGGCAUCCGACCCCGCGACCUACAGACGGCGGAGAAGACUCUUCGAGACGUGCAAAAUGACAUACUUGGAUUUGUGGGCACAGACACGAUUUUGAUCGGCCACGCAUUAGAGAACGAUCUCAGAGCAUUGAAGUUGCUACACACAACCGUGGUGGAUACUAGCGAUUUGUAUCCACACGCAAGAGGAUUUCCUUUACGCCGAUCUCUACGUGCUCUAUCGAUGGAAGUACUCGGACGGCCAGUCAGGAAUCGAAAAAGUGGUGGCCACUCGCCCGUCGAGGACGCUCGUGCCGCUUUGGAUUUGGUGCUUCUGAUGGUGCACCGUGACCGAGCAGCUGCAUCAACUGCCAGCCAAACUGCAGCACGCAUUUCGAGUCAGCUGCCCGUGUUGCAGCCCUAUGACCCGUUGGUCUGUGCCGCGUAAAUAAACAAGUGAUAAAUAUUAUGACGACUGUUCUAUGGACACGAACUGUAAAUUGUUGACAAAUUAAAAUGUCGAAUCUUUAAUAUGUGUGAAAGGACUUUUUUAUGUGACACUAUUACGUUGCCGGAG